CAAGCUGAGAGGCGCCGCGGUGCAUUGUGGGAUGUUUUAGCUUGUCUCUACGCGCACUGUCGGUCGUUUUUGCCCACGGUUUUGAAAAUGGACGCGGGAUUUUUCCGCGGCACCAGCGCGGAGCAGGAUAACCGCUUCAGUAACAAACACAAGAAGUUACUGAAGCAGCUGAAGUUUGCAGACUGUCUGGAGAAAAAGGUGGACAUGACAAAGGUGAACCUGGAGGUCAUCAAGCCGUGGAUCACGCAGCGCGUCACGGAGAUCCUCGGCUUCGAGGAUGACGUCGUUGUUGAGUUCGUCUUCAACCAGCUGGAGGAGAAGAAUCCAGAUGGUAAGAUGAUGCAGAUUAACUUGACCGGUUUCCUGAACGGGAAGAACGCGCGCGAGUUCAUGAAGGACCUCUGGCCCCUGCUGCUGAGUGCCCAGGAGAACAUCGCAGGAAUCCCGUCCGCCUUCCUCGAACAGAAGAAAGAGGAGAUCAAGCUCAGACAGGAGUCACUGGCAGUCAUGAAGAAGGUAGACGAAGAUAAGAGAGACAGAGAGAGCAAAGAGAAAGCUCAGUCCAGGAGUCCCAAACGGAGAAAAUCUCGUUCACCGGCAAAGCGCGAAAGGAAACGCAGCCACUCUCGCUCGCCUCGACACAAACCCAGCCCACCAGCUCUGCCCCUGCCCAGCCCACCCAGCCACAAACCUGAGCCUCAGCCCGAGCCUGACCAAUCAGAGAGCUCCAAACCAGAACCGCUGAUCCAGGAAGCUUCCUCGACCAGUGAUUUGACAAACGAUGCAAAACCGGAUUCGGUAUCGGAGGUUCCAAAGGACGUGUCUCCGGAGAAACCUGUGAAAACGGAGGACAAACCCAAACCACGGGAGAGAGACCGGGACCGGGAGAAAGAAGGACGCCGGGAUCGUCCACGCCAUCGCACACGGUCUCGCUCACCACGCCCCCGACGACGCCACCGGUCACGGUCGAGGUCGUACUCACCCCGGCGCAAACCGAGCCCGAGGAGACGCAUGUCCCCAAGACGCAGGAGUCCCCCGAGACGGCCACCUCCUUCCAGACACAGACGCAGCCGCUCACCUGCACGCAGGAGACGUUCACGUUCUCGCUCAUCUUCAGGAAGUUCGUCUUCACGCUCACCCCAUAAGAGGCCCACUAAACGCAGCUCCAUCACACCGCCCAGGAAACAAUCACGCCGUGCUGAUGCGUCCCCCAGCCCCAGCAGGAGGCGCCGCAGCCCAUCGGGUUCGACUCGGCGACCUGCUGGAAGACACGAGUCACCGUCUCCAGCUCCUAAACCCAGACGAUCAGACUUGUCAGAAUCAGAGGAGGAUAAGUUGGGGAAGGUGGCAGCGGUGGACUCCAUCCAGCAGCGACGGCAGUAUCGCAGACAGAAUCAGCAGUCGUCUUCAGAGACUGGCUCAUCAUCCUCAUCCUCAGAGGACGAAGGGCCGAGAAGAUCAGGUAGAGGGCCGCCAGCAAGGAACGGCGACAUCAGGAGAAGGCGGAGUCACUCACCCGUGUCGCCGAGAAGACGGCACAGGGAUGCAUCACCGAGAAAGAGACGUUCUCCGUCUCCUCGACGUCACCGCUCACCCUCACCCAGACGACGGAGGUCACCAUCACCUCCACCCAGACGCAGGUCGCCCUCGCCUCCUCCUCGCCGCUAUUCACCACCCAUCCAGCGGCGGUACAGCCCCUCGCCUCCUCCCACUCAUAAGAGACGCCCUUCUCCUUCGCCUGCUCCUCCAAAGCGCAGCAGUCCUCGCUCGUCUCCUUCUCCCCCUCCACGCUCACGCCGUAGUCCACGCCGUAGCCCACGCCGUAGUCCACCGAUGUCCUCUUCAGGACGUCAGGUCAGCCCACAGGGCAGGUACCCUCCUGCAGGGUCGUCUCCGCAGCGACGAGGGCAGUCCCCCGCUCACGGCAGAGCCAUCCGCAGGGUGUCGCGUACCCCUGAGCCACGUAACACACAAAGAGGGUCUCAGAGUCCCCGGCCGAUGAGAAGACGCUCGUCUCGUUCGCACUCUGCCUCUCCUGAUCAUUUCCCAGCAGCUUCAUCAGCAGCUUCCAGGUCUCUCAAGCGUCCGGCUCCUGCGUCUCCUUCCCCCGCCCGCUCGGCCAGCGGCUCUCCCCCUCUCCCUCCUCUUCCUCCUCCAGCCAAGAAGGCCAGCAGUGCCUCACCAAGCCCUUCCCCCAACAAGAACUCUGAUGUAGAUGUCAGCAAGAAGAAGAAGAAAAAGGAGAAGAAACACAAGAAGGAGAAGAAACACAAAAAGCACAAGAAGCAUAAGAAGGAGAAAAGCGGCGCCGCGCCAUCAGGAGACGGACAGGAGACCACUCGGGUGGAGGACGAGCACGAAUCCGAUCCGAAAAAGGAAUCAGAGAGUGAAGUAGAGGACAGUCUGGAUGAUCUGGAGAAACACCUGAGGGAAAAAGCUCUCCGCUCCAUGAGGAAAGCCCAGAUGUCUCCAUCCCAGUCCUGAGAAUCCUCCCACCCAUCUCUGUCUGUCUUUCUCUCUCUCUCUCUCUGCCAUUUUGUUCAGCUUUAGAAUGUAUAAAUUGUUCUGUUCACCCAUGAUGGUAUGAGGUUGGGGUUUUUUUUGAUGCAAUUUGUGUUCAACUUUGCAGCAUGAUUUGUCUCUCCAGCCAUGAAAAUGACAAAGAAAAAUAAUAAGAAACACCGGUUUUUUUCUCUCUCUCCCCAAAUUUCAUUCUCCAGAGCAGAUAACUAGGGUGUAGAGUCCCCCAGCUUCACCCGUUUUUUUUUUUUUUUUUUUUAAAUUUUCAUUUUUUGCUAGGGGUGCAGAUCUGUGUUUGUCCCCGUGUGCAUGAUCCAUACAGUAGACACACACACACUGUGCGAAACGGAGAACAAGCGAGAACACUCUGCUUCUCAUCCCAACGUUUGUUUUGUAACUUUUUAAGUUGUUUCAAGUUGUUGAACCGUUUGAAGAUCUUUGGCUUUGAAAAAGUCGCAUUAAACGAAAGGAUAAACUUGCA